CAUUAAUGAACGCGAGCAGACAGAACACAUCCAGCAGAGUAACCGUUCGGGCGUAUUUGAAAGUCGAUAAUCUUAUAAUACUGUCGGAGAAAUAUAAAAUAACAAAAUAACAUGGCCAAUAUUUGCGUAAAAACAUUUUUGCCGACAAAUCGUAUAUUGGGUGCGACCACAUCAACCAUAUGCAGUCAACGUGGAAAGUCAUGGUUCGAUGGAGUCAAGAUGGGUCCCCCAGAUGCCAUUCUUGGCAUUACCGAGGCUUUUAAGCGUGACAAUAAUCCUAAACGUAUCAACUUAGGUGUUGGCGCCUACCGUGAUGACAACGGUAAUCCAUGGGUGCUCCCAAGUGUAUAUAAGGCCGAACAACGUGUUAUUGCAAAAAAAUUGAAUAAAGAGUAUGCCACAAUAUUGGGUAUUCCUGAAUUCUAUAAUAAAGCCAUUGAACUAGCUUUGGGCAGUGACUCACAAGUUCUGCAUGAAAAACGCAAUUCUACCACACAAGGCAUAAGUGGAACGGGAAGUCUACGUAUCGGUUCGGCGUUUUUGAGCAAAUUCUGGGAUGGAAAUCGAGAGGUGUACGUUCCCAACCCUACAUGGGGAAAUCAUAUUCCAAUUUUUGAGCACGCUGGUUUGCCUGUUAAGAAGUACCGUUAUUAUGACCCCAAUACAUGUGGUUUAGAUUUCAAAGGAUGCUUGGAUGAUAUCAGUAAAAUUCCUCCUAGAUCAAUUAUACUGCUGCAUGCCUGUGCCCAUAAUCCCACAGGAGUUGACCCCACAAAAGAACAAUGGAAAGAGCUGUCUAAGUUAAUUAAGGAAAAGAAUUUGUUCACAUUUUUCGAUAUGGCUUACCAAGGUUUUGCUUCUGGCGAUAUUGAUCACGAUGCGCAGGCAAUCCGCAUUUUCGAAUCAGAGGGUCAUCAGUACUGCCUUUCACAAAGUUUCGCCAAAAAUAUGGGUCUAUACGGAGAACGUGCUGGCGCUUUCACUGUUGCAUGUGCGAAUAAGGAGGAAGCCGAUCGUGUUACAUCUCAAAUCAAAAUCUUAAUUCGUGCUUUGUACUCAAAUCCUCCAAUUCACGGAGCCCGCUUGGUAUCUGAAAUCUUGAACGAUGAACAAUUACGUGCUGAGUGGUUGGGGGACGUCAAAGUUAUGGCAGACCGUAUUAUCGGAGUACGCUCGAAAUUAAAGGAUAACUUAAUCAAAAAUGGAUCCAAACUAUCUUGGGAUCAUAUCACCAACCAAAUUGGCAUGUUUUGCUACAGCGGAAUGAAGGCCGAGCAAGUUGAAAGGUUGGCAAAAGAAUUUAGCAUUUACUUGACCAAAGACGGUCGAAUUUCAAUGGCUGGUGUAACAACCAAAAAUGUAGAGUAUUUGGCAAAGGCCAUCCACGAAGUCACUAAGUAAUCUUCCCGAUCGUUUCCUUAAGUCAAUGAAAAGACGUAAUCAUUAUUUUAAGACCAAAAUGCACUUAUUUUCUAUAAGAAUUUGCACCGAAUCCGUAUGUUGAAAUGUGUAGCUAUUUUAUGCAAUCAAAGUUAAAUAAAAAGUUAUUUUAAAGAAAAAAUGGCGAA